UAUGCCGCCAAAAUGCAUUUCCAUGAGUUAGUCGUGCACAGCCGGUUGCGAAGUACGGAUCGUAUGUAUUGUAUGGUAGUCUUCGUGAGUUAAGAAUAAAGUUUAUGUGUUAGAGAAAUUAAACGUGCGUGUGGCGCGUUCUUUUCAAAAAAAUAAAGUUCCAAAGCGACGUAUGUUAAAGCUUUGAUAAGAUUUGUCGGUGUGCAAAAGAGUCUUUUAAAUUUUUCUAUAUAUCACAAUUUUCACUAGUGAAUCUAAAAGAUUAAAUUUGUGAAACCAUUGUCAUCAAGAUAGUUUAGAAAUGAGAAAAGUUAUGGAGAAACAACUAUCCUGGCUAGCCUUGAUUGUUACUACAUUUUAUUCAUUGCUUGGCAGUUGUCGGAGCCAAGAGUGCGGACACGAAAGGUUGGUGAGAUGCGGAAGGCCUUUCGAGAGAAUCAACACCAACGACUUGAGCUUUGUGACGAAGAAGGAGGAACUUCAACAGCUAUGCCCAGAUUUCGAGGCUGGCAUGAAGUGCAUUCAAACGUACACGUUCGACUGCAUGGAAGAGAAACAAAGGGAGCACUUCAACUCGUUAUACGUGGGCACCAACAAGGUAGUCAUGGAGCUGUGUCAAGAUGGCCCUUAUCAAGACGAAUUUCUUCAACAUGCGCCAUGCAUGCAAAAAGUGCAACCUGAAUACGAGCUCUGCUAUAAGAAAUACCAGAAAACCACUCAGGAAAUCGAAAGGAGAAAUCACACGAAUGGAUCUCUCAAAUCUCUGUGUUGUGGCUUCAAGGAAUUUUUGGAAUGCUCACACCAUACGGUCCGCCGACAAUGUGGCGAUGACACAGCUCGAUUUGCAAAGGAUUUCCUUGACAGAAUGUCGAGCUCGCUUCUCAGGGUACACUGCGCUCCGUAUACCGACGAGGUAUGCACGAUCGGAAAUAGCGGGAACGUGUACAGGAUUCAGGCUAUAGUGAUCGUGAUGGUGGCGAUGCUUGCGACAUACUUCACGUAAGCGAUUAAAUGGCACUCGUAGCCGGAAAAAGGGGACGAUUUCCGUGCAUCACGAGCGUCACGAUGCUGAAACCGGGGGCCCUCCGUUCGUUCUCCGCUUCAGAUUCGCCAGAGUAUUUUUUUAUUUUCCAACGAGCAACCAAGGAGAAAAAAAGGAGAUAGAAGAUAGAGAGAGAGAAAAGAAAAGAGAGAGAAAGAGAGAGAGAAAGAAAGGGGAAGAGAAGAAAGAAAGAGGAUGAAGAAGGAAAGAGGCACGUGCAUGCGAACUCUGAGUGGGUCGAGAGUAUUAUAACUGGAAUGCGGAGAACGAGGGAUAAAAGAUGAAAGAGGGAGAUGAAAGGGAAGAGGAAAAACGAAGGAGACCGGUGGAAAAGUUAAGGAAAGCGAAUAAACUGGUUGGACGCGAUCAAAGAGACGGCGAGAGGAAAGUUCGCCACGUUUCUCCGCACGCGAAGUUCCCCGUUGCGUUCGUGCGGCAACCGUUCUCUUUGACACAGAACGCCCGGGGAAAA